GUGUCAAUCUAUGAAAAGUUUCGACCAGCUUAGGAAUUUCAUCCCAACGUUAAAACGGUCGCGUUGAAGAACUAUCGACGAGGGAGGGCUAUGAAUCUCUCCAUGAAAAGUCUUGUUGCUCCGCUUCAUGCCUCAGUUCCCGCUACAACUACCAGGAGCUGCAGGGCGGAGAAUUUUGCAAUUAAAGGGCGUAAUCUGAGAUUCUCAUUCACCACGAGGCAAACAAAAGAUGUAGAGGUUCUUAGGGAUUGUUCGAUUCGCAUUCCUUGCGGGGAAUUUUGGAUGCUUCUCGGACCCAAUGGGUGUGGAAAAUCUACCCUCUUGAAGGUUUUGGCUGGUCUCUUGACUCCAACUUCUGGAACAGUGUACGUGAAUGGGCCUAAAAGUUUCGUUUUCCAGAAUCCAGAUCAUCAGGUGGUGAUGCCUACUGUAGAUGCCGAUGUUGCAUUUGGUCUCGGUAAGAUCAAUUUGACCAAUGAUGAAGUCAGAUCUAGGGUGUCAAGAGCUUUGCAUGCUGUAGGUCUGUCUGACUACAUGAAGAGAUCCGUCCAAACUCUGAGUGGUGGUCAGAAACAGAGGGUUGCCAUUGCUGGUGCUCUUGCAGAAGCUUGUAAAGUUCUGUUGUUGGAUGAGCUCACAACAUUCUUAGAUGAAACUGACCAGGUUGGAGUUAUCAAAGCUGUUAGGAACUCUGUGGAUACCUCUGAAGAAGUUACCGCAUUAUGGGUCACCCAUCGUUUAGAAGAACUAGAUUAUGCAGAUGGUGCCAUCUACAUGGAGGACGGGAAAGUUGUUAAGAAAGGAGAUGCUGCUAGCAUUAGGAGUUUCAUUGAGGCCAGGCAGUCAGCCUAUAUUAACCUGAUUAAUUCUUAAAACAAAUUUUUUUUUUUUUGUUUCUGAAGAAGUUUCCCGUUAGCCAUUGAAACUAAACUCACAUGAUUAGAGGGUUACAUGGUAGUAUAUCAUUUUGUUUUCUUCUUUCAAAAAAUCUCAAAUAAGGAGAACAAUUAUUUAAAUUACAAUUUUUUCUGCU